GGCGGGGGCGGGGCGGGCCCGGAAGCGGCGGCAGUGGCGGCGGCGGCGGCAGCAGCUAGGGGACCAGGCUGGGCCAUGGCUGCGAACCUGAGCCGGAACGGGCCGGCGCUGCAGGAGGCGUACCAGCGCGUGGUCACCGAGAAGUCCCCGACCGACUGGGCUCUCUUCACCUAUGAAGGCAACAGCAACGACAUCCGUGUGGCCGGCACUGGGGAGGGUGGCCUGGAGGAGAUGGUGGAGGAACUCAACAGCGGGAAGGUGAUGUACGCAUUCUGCAGGGUGAAGGACCCCAACUCCGGCCUGCCCAAGUUUGUCCUCGUCAACUGGACGGGGGAGGGCGUGAACGACGCGAGGAAGGGCGUGUGCGCCAACCACGUCAGCACCAUGGCCGGCUUCCUGAAGGGGGCCCAUGUGACCAUCAACGCGCGGGCCGAGGAGGACGUGGAGCCUGAGUGCAUCAUGCAGAAGGUGGCCAGGGCCUCAGGUGCCAACUACACCUUCCACAGAGAGAGCGGCCACUUCCAGGACACGGGCCCCCAGGCUCCAGUGGGCUCCGUGUACCAGAAGACCAACGCCAUGUCCGAGAUCAAGAGGGUCGGCAAAGACAGCUUCUGGGCCAAAGCGGAGGAGGAGGAGGAGGAGCGGAGGGCCGCGGAGAAGCGCCGGGCGGAGCAGGAGCGGCAGCGGCUGGAGCAGGAGCUGCGGGAGCGGGAGCUGCGGGAGGCCGCCCGCCGGGAGCAGCGCUACCAGGAGCAAGGCCCGAGCAGGAAGUGUGAGCAGCAGGAAGUGGUUUCGAGGAGCAGAGAGGAGCAGGAGCCUGGCCAGCAGUCAGCUCACCCACGGGAGAUUUUCAAGCAGAAGGAGAGAGCCUUGUCCACCACAGCUGCCUCCAGCCCCCAGCCAGGCAAACUGAGGAGCCCCUUCCUGCAGAAGCAGCUCACCCAGCCAGAGAGCCCCCUCGGCAGGGAGUCAACUCACACCGCCUCAAGGCCCAGGGCAGGUCUCCGUGAGGAGCCGGCGCCCAGCGCCCCUGCCGGCCCGGCACAGGCGGAAGAGGAGGCUGUGUACGAGGAGCCCCCAGAGCAAGAGACCCUCUACGAGGAGCCUCCAGAGCAAGAGACCCUCUACGAGGAGCCCCCAAUGGUGCAGCAGCCAGAUGCCAGCUCCGUGCACGUGGGCCACUACCCGGGGCCCAGCGGGAAGGGGCUCUGUGCCCGGGCCCUGUAUGACUACCAAGCAGCUGACGAGACCGAGAUCUCCUUUGACCCUGAGAACCUCAUCACGGGCAUCGAGGUGAUUGACGAAGGCUGGUGGCGCGGCUACGGGCCCGACGGCCACUUUGGCAUGUUUCCCGCCAACUACGUGGAGCUCAUUGAGUGAAGGCCUGCCUCCCCCGCGCCCGCGGCGCCUCGUGGCUGGAGGGGCAGCGCGACGGCUGCGCACAGCGCCCUUCCAGGAACGGGCCUCGGGCAGCGGCAGCCUGGGCACCCCACACAUGCUUCCCUCAGCCCCAGCCGGCAGGGCGCCGGCCUUUCUCCUGCUCCUCGCAGCCACCACCGUCGGACCUGGGGACUGCCGACUCAGCGGCCUAUGAGCAGAGUCGGGGUCAGGCGUGGCGGCUCGGGCUGCAGGAGCCGGUCUUCCUGAGCCCUGCUCGGUGCUCCGGCUGCUCUGUCGCUCCGCGUGGGCUGUGGGCUGUGUGUGGCGGGACGCGGACGACCGGCCCCUGUCUGGGUGUGGAAGCACUCUGGCCUGCCGUCUCCCCCAGGCCCCGGCCCACCACCGCGCUUGGCUCAGAACCGCCUCACAUGGGCCCCAGCUCUGAUACACCCUGUGGUAGCCUGACAGACCCGUGGGGAACAAGCCCUUCCCGGUGUCUGGUGUGUGUGUGUGUGAGUGUGUGUGCGAGUGUGCAAGUACGCACCACCCCGGCCUGGCCAGCUGCAGUCGCCUGGGAGAGGCAUAAAGAUUCGGAUGUGAGUGAA